AUGCACCCGACACAAGUCCUCCGCAGCGGCGGCGACCGGCCCAUGGGGAGGCACGGCAUAUACCUCAACCACGUCAGCUGGGGCAACUUCGGCUCCGCCAUCAAGACCCGCGGCAUCAUCACGUACAUGCUGAGCUCGAACCGCCAGAACCCGCUCGCGGGCGCGGCGCACGCCGCCGUCUUCAACUCGUGGCGCCGCUUCGCCGCCCAGGUCCUGUACUGGGCGCCGCCGGCCGCCGGCGCGUGUUGGGCCCUCGACUGGGCUGUCAAGAGGAACGAGUAUCUGAACUCGAAGGCGGGCCGGGCCGAGUUCGCUGGGGUGGAGUAG